CAAAGAUGCAACCCAUGAUUGAAGAUGGCAUGAAGAACGAUGAUGAUGACCUACAAAUUUUGUGUCAAGCUGAUGUUUUGCAGGGAAAACCAGUUGCAUUGACAUUGGAAUCUAGCACAAAUAUUGUUGCACAUGGUACAAUUGUUUGUGGCAAUGAAUCUAAUAAAAUGCUUCAUGGUGUUCCAUUUCCAAAUAAUUGCAUGCGAGUCUCCAUUGAUGAAGCAGUAGAAAAAUCAGCACCUUUGCCAUAUCCAAUUCCAAGUGAAUUUGAAGUAAUUGGUGAUGCUGUAGGAACCCAUGUGGCUUGGCCAAAACACUUGAUAGUGAACCAAGAUGAGAAGCCUCGAAGGAAGAAGCUUGAACAACCAAAAAAGAAACAUACUUUGUCAACAAGUGCCCCAAGAGCAUUACAUAUGUUAUAUUGUUAUAGUAAGCGUGCUUUAGAUGAUGGCAGAUAUAUAUCAGUGAGUUUUGAUUAUGACGUGUUUGAUGAUGAUUAUGAACUUGUUCUACACCUUGAGGACAUCAUUCCUUUGUAUCAUUUGGAGCCCCUUUCAGGCAAUUGUGUAAUUGCCUACAUAUGGUAUCUUUAUAAAAAAACUGCUGAAAGAUAACAAGAAAGAAAAAUUCAGAUUUGUGAAUCCACAUAAAAUCCCAUAUAUGGCAACCAGUGCACAUGACAAAAAAGGUAAGUUUGAAAGGCUAAACCAAAGGGC